CCUCGUUCAGACACUUCCAAAGUCCAAACCAGGCUCGAUCAGAGAUGAGAGUUUAUGUUUAAUCCGGCUCAUGAUGUCUCUCCAAACUGUCCUCCGCAGGUGUCUCCGGCGCAGCGGUGUGUCCCUGCAGACUGCGCCCGCCCAAAGACUCCACCGGGCCGCCACAACACCCCCAAAGCACCGCUCCACAACAACCAGGGGCUACUACAAGUCCACACAGCCCGGGAGGAGCGCGGGGGCCCGGGUCGUGGACCUCAGGAGCGACACGGUGACGAGGCCCGGAGCCGAGAUGCGUAAAGUGAUGAACGAGGCCGAGGUGGGGGACGAUGUGAUGGGACAAGACCCCAGUGUGAACGACUUACAGACGUCGGCCGCUCACAUGUUCGGGAUGGAGGCUGCUCUGUUCGUGCCCUCGGGGACCAUGAGUAACUUAAUCGCAGUCAUGGUGCACUGCAGAGAGAGAGGAGACGAGAUGAUCGUCGGGGAUUUGUCUCAUUUACAUAUUUAUGAACAAGGAGGAAGUGCACAGCUGGCGGGCGUCCACUCCACCUCGGUGACCACUCUCCCUGACGGAACCUUCGACUUGGACCAGCUGGAGUCCAAAAUCCGACACGGUUUUCCCGAUCCUCAUUAUCCACGUUCCAGACUCAUCUGUGUGGAAAACACUCACAACAUCCAGGGAGGACGAGUGCUGCCGCUCAGCUUCCUCCAGGAGGUGCGUAGUUUGGCAGAUAAGUACGACCUGAAGGUUCAAUGGACGGAGCUCGAGUGAUGAACGCGGCGGUGGCUCUGGGAGUGUCCAUUAAAACUAUUCUACAACACACACACACAGUGAGUGUGUGUCUGU